AUGCGACCCCCUUCUGUCGGUCCAUCGGAAGCUGUGUCCAAACUCGAUAUACCAACAACACAAACUACAAACUCCGAAACACCCCGUACCACGUCCUCAAACCAAUAUCGUAUUCGCCUGUGGGGGAUAAUAUCCGGGCUUUGCGUCAUAUAUCUACUAUGUGCAUUGGAAGGCACCGUAUUGAUCACAUCACUACCCAGCAUCGCAGCAGAGCUAAACCUAGGCAACCACUUCGUUUGGGUGAAUAACGUAUUUUCACUGUCUGCUGCGGUAGUGAUCCCUAGCUGUGGGCAGUUAGCUGACUUUUUCGGACGGAGAUGGGUUACGCUCGGGAUAGUUGUUGUAUAUCUUGUUGGAAGCGUGAUAUGCGGAGCAGCGCAGAAUGCAUCGAUGCUUAUUAUCGGCCGUACUAUUCAGGGCAUGGGUAGCGGCGGAGUCGAAAUGAUUGUCCCAGUCGUCAUCGCCGAUUUGGUGCCAUUGCGCCAACGAGGGAAUUACAUGGCUUUAGUUCUGGGCAUAUUCGCUGUGGGAACAAUCCUUGGGCCGUUUAUAGGGGGCAUCAUCGUUCAAACGACGACUUGGAGAUGGAUAUUCUACCUCAAUCUCCCUAUUUGUGGUACUGGGCUCGUAAUAUUAUUCAUGUUUCUCCGGGUUGGACAUAAUCGCGAGACUAGCAGUACGCAAAAACUGAAACGAGUUGACUUGACCGGAGCUUUUCUUUUGAUUUUGGCAAGUGUGGCGGUUCUUAUCGCCCUGACAUACGGAGGCUCGCGCUACAAGUGGUCUUCACCGCAUAUCAUUGCACCAUUACUACUCGGGAUUAUUGGCCUCAUUUUAUACAUGUUAUUUGAAGGGUCGCGGUUUUGUCGACAACCGAUGACACCAUUGCGACUAUUUAACAGCAAGUCUUCAGUCGUUCUAUCAAUCAACACAUUCAUUAACGCUUUGCUACUACAAUGGGCCACGUUCUUUCUCCCACUUUACUUUCAGGCAAUCCUAGGCUCUCGUCCAUCCAUAUCGGGAGUUCAACUACUUCCUAGUGUCCUUAUGGCUAUUCCUGGUGCAGCCGUUGCGGCAUUAGUUCUUUCGAAAUUUGGAAAAUACAAGCUCCUCCACCUUUGUGGAUUUGCCCUCAUUACAGUCGGGCUGGGUCUAUUUAGUCUCCUCAACCCGCACUCAUCUACAGCCGCCUGGGUUGGUUUUCAAUUAAUCGCCGCGGCUGGUUCCGGCAUGGUUUUUGAUUCUUUAUUACCUGCAUUUCAAGCUGGACAGGCCGAAACCGAUCAAGCUGCGGCCACCGCAACGAUUACAUUUUUACGAUGCUUCGCCAACACUUGGGGGUUUGCUAUCCCCACAGCUAUAUUUAACACUCAGAUUGAGCAUGGAUUACACAAUAUCGAAAAUACCGAUAUCCGCAAAGCAUUGUCCCGUGGACAGGCAUUCCAACACGCGACGAGCGAGUUCGUGACGUCGCUAUCCCCAGCUACACAGGAACAAGUGAGAGAAUUAUUUAACAAAGCACUGUCGCGGGUGUGGAGAUACUCCAUAGCUUUUGCUGCUGUCGCUUUGCUCCUCGUUUUACUUGAAAAAGAGGUUCCAUUGAGAAAAGAACUUGAGACAGAGUAUGGUCUAGAGACUAUUUCUGAGCGAAACAAAGAUUCGUCUGUGACGGAUGUAUCGAAUUAUAGUGCAUAG